AUGAGUGGGAGUACUGGUGAGGGCACUUCGACCAGUGCCCCGAGCACACGAACCAAGGAAGGGAUUCCUACAUGGAACGGAGAGGCCAACUCUUUCGUGGCGUAUGAGGAGGCCUCGCUCUUGUGGGAACAGUCCCUGACUUGGGAAAAGCGGUACACAGCAGGCCCUCGGCUUGUUCAAGAACUCACGGGGGCGGCAAAGCGACUGGUGGCCGGCCGUGAUGCCGGGUGGGUGGCCUUCCGCGGCGGAGUCACGGUCCUCAUGGACCACCUUCGACGAGCCUUGGGGAAGCCUCGAGUCAACGAGGUGACGGACCUCCUGGCCACGUGCUUCAAGGGCUGUAAGCGGAAGAGCCAUGAGACGAUGAACGACUAUGUGACAAGGAAGUUUGAGGCCUACUUCCGGGCCAGUCAGGCUCUCAAGAGAGUGGCGCCCCACUAUGAGGCAGAGCCCCCGGCGAACACCUUUGAGAUGCCGACUUGGAGCCGGAGGUCAAGCAUGGAGAGCCGGGGGUGGAACCAGAGUGGUCCCAGCGAGGCGGACUCAGGUGUCAGCCGUGGUCAGGCCCCCACAGAGGGCCAAACCGAAGAGACUCCCAGCACGGCACCGGGGACUGAUGGAUCUUGGCAGACGUGGAACUCCCGCUGGAACAGCUGGAAUUCCUGGGCUUGGCAAUGGCAACCGGCUCGGAGGCAUUGGGACUGGUCCUCAGCUGCUUCCUCGACAGGCUCCUACCCAGAGUCAGGCGGCAGACAGACAGAGCUGCUGCCACCCUUCAUCCAAGGCUGGUACCUGAUGACGGACGCAGGCCUGGACCAUGGUGAACGCAACUUGGUGAUGACUGCCUUGGGGGGCGACUUCUCACCUCAACGGGUGGCCCAGGAGCUGCGCAAUCAAUUCCCGGAGACAGAAGUGAGGCGCCGAGAUCAAGGACGUCGGUUCCAAGGCUUCUUGGGAGACAUUCUCGAGGACUCGGAGGAAGACCUCACUGUCCCCGGGAACACCACGGAGGAGCUCCUCGAGGAAGGCCUGACAGCCGAAAAUGCGGCACUCAUUGUGGAUGCCGAGUCCCAGGCACAGGAGGCCCUGGCAGCCUUGCAUCAGGCCCGCCGCACCUUGAAAGAGGCACGACAGCGUCAACAUCAGGUGAAGCAGUCCAGGAAGUACUACCAUUCCGGCCAGUCCGGGCCGAAGGAAGCCGCUCGACAGAGGGCGGUGAACCACAGCAAGCCCUUCGUCUGCUACCUCGACAACAAGAGUGUGGAGCCCGAGGACAACUUCACCGGCUUCGCUCAGGGCGAGUUCGAUGGUGGAACCGAGCAGGCCUACAGUGGCCAGACAGCCAAGGAGCUCAUGACCACACAGGAGGCCGCGCGAGAAGGGAUGGCAGUGAUAGAUGGGGGGGCCACCCAGACAAUUGGGGUCACCACACAGGGUGUUCCCACCUUCUCCUUCGAGAACUCCACCGAGGAUCGCUGCCUGAGCACUGCGAGGCUGGGAGUGAGCGCGAAUGGAGCCGCACAGGACAUCAACUUCUGCCGAUGUCGGAAGAUUGGCUCGCCAGUGCCAGUCUGGUUCGCCAUGACGAACAUCAAUGCCAUGACCCGUGCCGACAUGAUCUUGGUGCUGCGAACUUAUGGCGAAGAUCCUCCGACCAGCUGGACUCGUGUCGACCUUCGUCACCGCAUCGAGGAGCUGGUGGAGCACAAGGAGAUCGAGAUUCAGGGCGGCAAGAAGGCCGGCGCCCCCUUGCAGAGGGCGAUCACAGAGUUGAACAAGGCGAGCCGCAAGAAAUCCGACCUUGCGCACGGCGACAUGAUGGGAUUCGGGAAGUUCUCCAACCGCACCUACCUAGAUGUGAAGGAGAACGAGAAGUCGUAUUGCGAAUGGGCAAAGACCAUCUACCAGGAGGAAGCCACCUCAAUCUACCUGAAGCGCUUCGUCCUCUACCUGCUGCAGUCGCCCAACCCGGACAAGAAGACCAUGCCGGUCAAGCUGCCGCCAUCCAAGGACAAGUCCAAGCAAGGCUACAAGGAGGAGCCGGUGAAGAAGGAAAGUGGGACACCUCCUUCUACGAGCACGACCUCGGCAAGCUCUUCGACGGAGACGACGGUGAGCCAGCUGACGGCUCUGGUCGGGACCCUCAUCGCGGAGGUGCGCGAGUUGAAGGAGGAGCGUGCCACAGCGGUUCCCCGCAAGGUGACGGCUGUGUCGGAUGUGCAGAUGAAGGACCCUCCCAAGGACUCCCGAUGA